CGGAUCAUCACACGUCACCCCACCUGCCUCAGCGGCUCAGCUGGAUGGGCGCCAUGUCCCCAUCCAACCCCGUCUCCGGAAUCUGGACGCCCUCCCGUCCAGGUUCACUCCGGCCCCCUCAUCUUCCUCCCGUCCCCCUCUUCGUUGCCCCCAGAUCCCGCAAACCGCGAAAAGAAACCGCAUAUCAGCGGGCGCUGCUCGUUCUCAUCGCCCCCCCUCGUCUCUCGCGGAGCCGACCCCGUCCCCAUUCGGACCUCAGCUAGCCACCACCACCAUGGCUUCUUCGAAGAGGAGAUUUGGUGCUGCCGGCGGCGCGGACAAGAAGGAUCUAUUCCAUGUCGUCCACAAGGUGCCCGCCGGCGACAGCCCGUACGUCGUAGCCAAGCACCUCCAGCUCGUGGAGAAGCAACCGGAUGUGGCGAUCGUGUGGUUCUGGAAGGCAAUCAACUCAGGGGACAGGGUGGACAGCGCCCUGAAGGACAUGGCCAUGGUGAUGAAGCAGCAGGACCGUUCCGAGGAGGCAAUCGAGGCCAUCAGGUCCUUCAGGCACCUCUGCUCCAAGCAGGCUCAGGAAUCCCUCGACAACCUCCUCAUUGACCUCUACAAGAAAUGCGGGAAAGUUGAGGAGCAGAUCGAGCUCCUGAAACAGAAGCUCAAGUCGAUAUACCUUGGCGAGGCCUUCAACGGGAAGGCGACGAAGAAAGCGCGGUCCCAUGGCAAGAAGUUUCAGGUCUCGAUCCAACAAGAGACGUCUCGUAUUCUGGGCAAUCUUGGCUGGGCUUACAUGCAGCAGAACAACUUCGAGGCCGCCGAGCUGGUGUACCGCAAGGCGCAAGCUAUCGAGCCCGAUGCCAACAGGGCGUGCAACCUUGGGCUGUGCCUGAUCAAGCAGGGCAGGCACGACGAGGCACGGCAAGCGCUCGAGGACGUCCGAUUGCGCAGAAUCUAUGGAUCAGAAGAUGGAAAGGUGGUUGCCCGUGCGGAGCAGCUUCUCCGCGAGCUAAACCCGUUGCAAUGCGUUUCAUCGCCGUUCCAGGUUGGCCUCAGCGUCCAUGAAGGGAUCAUGGGUAAACCAGACCUAGUAGUGAUGAACGAGUGGACGCCGUUCAGGUCGAGGAGGCUGCCUGUGUUUGAGGAGAUAGCAACUUUCCGGGACCAAAUGGCUUGUUGAUGCAUUACUUUGCAUGGUUUAAUUUAUCUGUCAGUGUCACACUCACAUCCCUCUAGAAGUUUUUGUUCGUAUAGAGAUCAGUAUAUAUCAUAUAGCUGGGGUUGAUGCAAAGCGUUGCCUUUAGGAUAGUAUUUGGUUCAUGUUAUAUCACUGUAUGGUUCAGAUUUCAGUGAACAAAUGUUCGUGCGUGCCCUGAUCUUGUACAGGAUUUACAGUUGGCUGUUGUGAAAUGGUCGCUUCUAAUCUUGUCUUGU